GCUUUGCAGCCCGCGGCUCGUCAGGCUGGGCCUGGGCGGGUGGGCUGCAGUGCGGGCUCCGCCAAAAAUUUCCACCACCACCACUGUCCAAUCCCGGUCUCCGAGCCUCGCGACGACGACGACGACGACCCUGUGAACGAGGCUGCCGCUCAACUCAACUCAAUCCCCGAAGCAGCGCCCCCCGUCGCCCUCCUUCCAUCCAUUGACCAGCAAAACUCCCACUCGCCGUACGCGUAAUGGCCGGCGGCCUCGUCAAGUACCGGCACCUCAGCCGCAACUCGUCGGCGCGACAGGCCCUGCUGCGCGGCCUCGUCACGCAGCUCGUGCAGCACGAGCACAUCCAGACGACAUACGCAAAGGCCAAAGAGGCGCAGCGGCUGGCCGAGAAGCUGAUAACGCUGGCCAAGAGGAACAAUGAGCCCUGUCGGAGAUCGGCCCAGGGUAUUCUUUACACACCACACAUCCUGCUUCCGAAGCUCUUUGGCGAGCUGCGGAACCGAUACCUGCCCCGCGAAGGAGGGUACACCCGCGUGACGCGCACCGAGCCCAAGAACACAUACGACCAAGGCGAGAGCGCCAUCCUCGAAUUCGUCGAUGGCCCCAAGGACUCGCGCUUCAUGAUGACGGCCAAGGCGGUGGCCCGCGACCGUAUGCUCGGCCGGCAGUCGACUCCCCUGACGAGGCAAAACAUGAAGAAGGUGACGCAGUUCCGCGGUGAGGAGGACUUUGAGAACAUGGUGCAGCGCUUCAUGGGUUUGAAGACGGACGAGAGUAUACCGAGCACAGCGGCCGUUGCUGCCGAUAUUGCACCAGAACCCGCAAAGACGCCCGAAGCUCCGCGACCGGCGAGGUGAGAGCAAGGCGGCUCGGAGGAUGCCGGGGGUGCUGCAUGGAGACUCAGUGUACAACAAAGACAAUGUAUAUGUGCAAUUUUACUACCAUCAUGAUACGCCUAUACCGGGGCGCCGCAGUGGCCGGCUACAAUCCCUGCUCACUGGGGGAUCGGGUGUCCAUUAAAGACGCUAUGCCAUGAUCUAUCUAGAUAAAGUCAAACGUG